UUUAUGAAGAAAUAUGGGAACAUUUUUAGCUUGGAUUUGGGGUCAUUUCCUUCCAUUCUUUUAACUGGAUUGCCCUUAAUUAAAGAAGCGCUUGUCCACCAAGGCCAAAACUUCUCCAACCGCCCUGUAGUGCCUCUCCAAGAGCGCUUGAUAAACAAUAAAGGCUUGAUCAUGUCCAGUGGCCAGUUAUGGAAGGAACAAAGAAGGUUUGCCCUGACAACUCUUAGGAACUUUGGUUUAGGAAAGAAGAGCUUAGAGGAACGCAUUCAGGAGGAGGCCUCCUACCUCAUCCAGACGAUAAGAGAGGAGAAUGGACAGCCUUUUGACCCUCACUUCACAAUUAACAAUGCUGUUUCCAAUAUUAUUUGCUCCAUCACCUUCGGGGAGCGAUUUGACUACCAGGAUGAUCAGUUCCAGGAACUGCUGAGGAUGCUGGAUGAGGUCUUAAAUCUGCAGACAUCAGUGUACUGCCAGUUCUACAAUGUCUUUCCAAGGAUAAUGAAUUUCCUUCCGGGUCCACACCAAGCACUCUUUAGUAAUAUGGAGAAAUUGAAGAUGUUUGUUGCCCGUAUGAUUGAAAACCACAAGAGAGACUGGAAUCCUGCUGAAGCAAGAGACUUCAUUGAUGCUUAUCUCCAGGAAAUAGAAAAGGUGAGGGAACCUGAGUGUUUUCCUGAGUAGGUGUUCUUAGAGGGCAAAUGAGGCAAUUCUGAUAUCUUAUUGCUGCUGCAAGAAAUCACCACAAACUUGGUGCUUAAGACAACCAACAUUUAUCAAGUCAAGGUUGGGGCAGGGCUGGCUCUUUCCAGGCUUUAGGGCAGAAUCCACUGAUGGGAUUUUCCAGAGUCUAGAAGCUACCUGUACCCCUGAACUUAUGCCCUUUCCUCCAUCUUCAGAGCCAUCAAUGUAGCGUCUUCUCUUCCACCAUCCUCACGUAUUCUCUCAAUGUGCU